UUCAUUCCCAGGCUGGUCAAACAAAACUCCUGAGCGAGAAUACUGAUGUUGUCAGUCAGUAGCGACAUGCAAGCAGCCUUACCAGCUGGAAUGUACUGUCUCCUUCAGUAUUGUGAAGUACAUGUAUAGUGCUGUGUAGUGUCGUGGAGGGUAUCAAGAAGAAGCUGCACUGCCCGUUAUCAACUACUUGACGAGGUCCUCUGAUAAGAGAUUGCUGGCAGCAGCUCCAGUAUCUGAUCCUAUCUCUAACGACCAGGAGUGAUUUACUUUAUCGUUGACACGACUGGCAACCCGGUGACAAAGCGCACAGCAGGAUCUAAAAAAUCAUCACCCUAACAAACCAACAUUAUCACAAAAUGGCCAUGGCUUUGUGGAGAGAUACACGAAUUCGUGCAGCAUGCACCACAGCGCUCCUCAGCGUUAUCGCAUUGCUGUUGAUGGAAGACGCUCAAGGGAUGGCACCAUCCGCUGCACAUAUUUGCCAGCCUGCUCCGUACAAUCUUGAGCUGAAGCACGAAGGCUGCGAGAGCAGAAUUCAGCCAACGGAUACGUGCAAGGGGCUGUGCACCUCUCACUCUGAACCAGACUUGACCGGGAACGGUCAAAUGGUGGAACACUGUAAGUGCUGUAUUCCCAAGACAAUGGAGUCGGCCAACGUCACGCUGAACUGUCCCGGACGAGAGCCGGUCGUCAUGCGCGUGCCGCGCGCCACCAAGUGCAAGUGUCGGCCGUGCGACAAGCGGCCAGAGUGAAUCACGAGGACACGCGGCUGCUGCCUGCCUUGCUGCUGAGCAUGGCAAUCGGUGAAACUGCUGGUCUAGUGGAAACGCACUCUCUCUCUCUCAAUCUCUCCAUCCAUUUCUCUCCUUGUUGCAUGAUCUCUCUCUCUAUUUAUCUAUCUCUAUCUCUCCCUUUCUAUCUCUCUGUCUCUCCCGUCCCCACUCUCUGCUUUGGUGGUGUACGUAGUUAUGACUGCGUCGAAUGUGUAUGCUGCGCUUGAUCCUUCUUGAGACACCUAGAGAAACAUAUACGUUAGGUUUACGAACUCCUCGGUCCUCAGCUCGUGGCAACUAGACGACUUGUAUUGAGAUGGUACAAGGCUGCACUAUGAGUGGCGCUGGUGCAUUCAGGAACUGUACGUUAAAUGUACGCAGAGCCUCGAGACCAGUCGGCUGUUGAAUCACAUAAUCACACGCAACCAAUUCUGGCACAUCACUUAUCCCAUCCCACGACCGAUGCAAUCAUGAUUGCCACAUAGUCAACAUAGCCCCAUGACCCUGGUAGAACAGUGGCGACAGCAGCAAAUAGAUCUUCACUCCUUAGACAUUAUCUUUAUUGUUCUCAUGAUUGCUCUGCUCUGGUCCUGAGAGCAGCCAUUUACUUUGAUAAUGAUUACAUUGCUGCGUGAUAAAGUGUUGUUAUCUGACAGUAAUCUCAAUUAUUUCAUCCCCUUUUGAAACUUCAAGCACAUAAACUUCUCACUGAAAAAUUGCGAUGAUGAAACGAACUGCACGCAAAUGCAUCGCAAUGCAUAUCCAUCUAUCUUCACAUUGCUGCCCUUAUCCAGAAUCGCACACCUUUUCAACAUAAUAAUGAUUCUCUUAGCAAGCAAUCCAGGAACCCGUAGUGACUAUAAUGACUUAGAUAAUAGUCAUAAUCUCCAGACAGACACACACACACAUAUACACACACACAUACACACAUACACACACACACACACAUAUACACACACAUACAUACAUACACACACACAUAAUAUACACACACAUAUACACAUGCAAGCGCACACACACACCACACGCACACACACACACGUACACACUCAUACAUCCACACAACGUACAACGACUCAUUGAACGACUUGAUCUCUUUUCCGAAGCAAACAUUGUAUGUACAUGUAUCACCUUCCAACCGUUAGCAUUAGACUGCUGUUCACAUUUCUUUGACGUAAUUAGUUUGAGUACAAUCUUCAAACACUUGACAUCCUUCACCUAAAAUACCUUCUUUCUUUUAUUGUUGACCCAACAACAGAAAUGCUAAAAGCCA